AUGUGGGCGCCUUUUGCGCUGACAAACGCAAGUCCCGGGGCCACCGUCCUGUUUGAAGAUAACGUGGUUGAAAUAGAACACGUUCUGGCUGACGCCACCGAUCUGUGGGUGCGUCCGGUGGAUCUGCCCGCGGUAAAUGGCUUUGAGCUGAAACCUGAAGGUGCCUGUUUUGAAGACAUCUGUGUGCCGGUGCAGCAGAAUCAGGACAGUUCCAUAUUCAUCAGACGGGCAGGCCAGGCCUGGUUCAGUGUCACUGAGCUGGCCGAUCGACUGCGUCAACCGUAUGUUGUCGAUUACGCCAGCGGCACCUGGAGCUUCGGCGCCAUACCCGCCAGUCGUCAGUACUUUACCCAGCAGGGCAUCGCCCCUGAUUUCAGUCUGCAGGACAUGCAGGGCAAUGCCGUGUCGCUGUCUGACUUCAAAGGCAAGAAGAUCAUGCUGCUCACCUGGGCGAGUUGGCAGAACGUUUUCGCAGAACUCGAACAGCAAGAUUUCAUCAUUAUCGCCGCGGCCCAGGACGUAGAGGGGAUUAAGGCGGCUGCGCCCUGGUAUACGGCCGCCAACGCCACCUUUGUGGCGCUGGCUGAUCCCACUCACCGUGUCAGCGCGCUGUACAACCUGGUCAAUGUGCCCUCCGCAGUCUGGAUAGACGAAACAGGUCAGGUGCGCCGUAUAGAUGAAGGCGCUUACGCCACGGUACACAAGAUGGGCGAUUUUGAGUUUGGUCGCGCCGACUAUGCACCCAUGGUGGCUGACUGGGUUGUACGCGGCGAAGACAGUGUCCAUGUGGCACAGUCCAUCGAAUUUGAGGCACAAAAGGAGAGCCCAGAUGCCGCCCGCGCCGUGCCUGCUUUCCGUUUGGGUGUUUACUUCAAACAGCAGGGUGACGAAGCGCGCGCUGACACCUACUGGCAGAUGGCCCAGACGCUGAACCCGGACAGUUGGAAUUAUCACCGUCAGGACUGGUCGUAUACGCCUGAGGAAGCUGGCGCUAACUGGCAGAAGAAAGUACAGAUGAAUCUCAAUGUGCGGGCAUUUGACAGUGCCGGUGGCGUUGGUGGGACGUGGUGGUACAACCGCUAUCCCGGUGCCCGGGUUGAUGCACCCAGCAGCCCGUUUUAUGCCUAUACUUUUUCGCAGGAACUUGUCGACAGUUGGGAGUGGCGUGAAACCCAGACGCCCCAGGCCUCGGUGCUGGCCUACCUGGAAAAUUUUGCUGAGCAGUUUGAUCUCAACAAGGACAUACAGUUUGAAACCUGGGUAACCGAUGCCCGCUACAACGAGAGUGAGCAGCGUUGGACCAUUACCACCGAUACCGGCGAAACGGCAUCGGCGCAGUUCUUAAUCUGCGCCGUCGGCGCGUUGUUUGUGGCCAACAAACCCGAUUAUCCAGGCAUUGAUGACUUUGCGGGCGAGUGCUAUCACACCGGUCGCUGGCCGCACGAGACAGUAUCUUUUGCCGGCAAGCGCGUGGGUGUCAUCGGCACCGGUUCUUCAGGCAUUCAGUCGAUUCCAGAAAUUGCCAAGGCGGCUGAACACGUCACGGUUUUCCAGCGCACGCCACAAUACUCAUUACCCGCACGUAACCGCGCCCUGAGUGAAGAGGAGUUGGCCCGUUCCCGCGAGGAUUGGGAGGACCUGCGCAAAUCGAUGUUUCACCGCGGAGGUUGGCCGCACAAGACGAUCCGCAGAAAUGCAUCAGACUACACACCACAGCAGCGCCAUGAAAUUUAUGAACAACUCUGGGAUGAGGGUGGCAUCAAUCUGGCGAUCAACAGUUUCAGCACGGUACUGACUGACAAAGACCUCAACGAUGAAGUGUCGGAGUUUGUGCGCGGCAAAAUUCGAGAGAUUGUGCAGGACCCUGCAACCGCGGAGAAGUUGAUGCCCGAUUACUAUUUUGGCACCAAACGUCUGAUUCUCGACAAUGGCUACUUUGAAACUUACAACCGGGACAAUGUCUCGCUGGUCGAUCUUCGCCAGGAUCCUAUUGAGUCGUUCACCGCUUCGAGCGUGAAAACCACGGAGGGUGAACACCCCAUCGACAUGCUGGUGCUUGCGACCGGUUUUGAUGCGGUUACCGGUUCCAUGUUAAACCUGAACCCGAAAGGUCGCGGUGGGGUGAGUCUCAAGGAGAAGUGGGCGGAGCGCUUUGAAACCUACCUCGGCGCGACCAUUGCCGGCUUUCCGAAUCUGUUCAUGAUCCAUGGCCCGGGAUCCCCGGGGGUCCUGUACACCAUGCCACUGGGCGGUGAGCGAACAGCAGAUUGGAUCGCGGAGAGUAUCCGCCACCUGCGCGACAAUGAUCUUGGUGCCAUAGAGGCCACCGAAGAAGCUGCGGUGAACUGGGACAAAGAAAUCAACGCAGCAGCAGACCAGACGCUGUACCCAAAAACCGAUUCCUGGUAUGUGGGCGCAAAUAUACCGGGCAAGCCGCGCCAGUUCCUGGCGCACCUGCGUGGCUCGCAGUAUUUCGAGCGACUGGCGGAGGUGGCGCAAGAUGGCUACGUCGGUUUCGACUUUGAAGCCAGCAAAUAG